GUAAGUGUUUAAACAAAAAAAAUAUAAAUUGGGUUUUUCUUCAUUUUCGCACCACUUUUCUAGCACAUGUUCACGUGCCUAGUCAAAAUUAUCCACUGUGCGUUUUCAAGUGUAGAAGGUGAAGGCAUGGUGGCAGAUAAAUUGUUGAAAGCUAGAAAAUUAAGUAAUAGUACGUUUUUUAGAAACUUUAUAUUUUAAAAUGAAUCAUAGUUACAGACUAAGGAAGCGGCUAAGAUACAAAAUAUAAAAUAUAUUUUGUUUUCGUAUGAACAACUGUUAAUAUAUUCUACAUUAAACAUAUAUUUUUACUCAUUUUCUUUUAGGUAUUACAUUCUAUGAUUUAUGUAAAGACUUGAAGAAUAGCAUGAGUGUAUCUAAUGUAAUUCAAUCGUUGUAUUUAUUAUUAAAAUAUGGUCUUGUCAUUGUUGCUGGAAAUGUAACACGUUUAUUUAUAAAUAGAAAAUUUGCUCGAUCAUGGUUAAUAUGUUCAAUUCGUUUUCAAGAUAAUAUUUUUGAUAAAAUGGAUUUGGAUAAAACAAGUUUAGAAACAUAUUUGACAACAACUGUAGCUGAAACAUCUGUGGAUGUUUGUGAUAUUAAUGAGAUUAAAAAUUUGCAUACAACAACAACGAGCAACAAAUUAGCUACUGAUCAAUUUCAACAUAUUUAUUAUACUCCUCGUCCAUGGAAAUUUGUUGAUGGUCAUAUCAAUUUUAUUGUUUUACAACGUAUGAUGGAAUCUGUACUACUUUUUGUUAUUGAUCAUCCAGGGAUAUCAAUCGAUUCAUUAUACGAUCAUUAUCAAAGUGUUUUGUUACCAAUAGCUAUUCAAGAUUUAGUUGAAUUAUUUGAACAAAUUCAAUGUUUAACAACUAUACGUGUGAGAAAAACACGACAAGAAAAAAUUAAUCUUUAUUCAAAUGAAGAUGAGGAUGAUGCAGAAAUUGAAGAUGAUUUUUCACAAGAUGAUGAACCAUUAGGAAAUGAUGAUGAUGAUGAUGAUAGUGAUGAUGACCUUUUGCAUUUAAAACAAAUUUUACUAAAAACACACUAUGAUCAUAAAACGACGACUAUCUAUUGUUUUCCAACAUACGAUUGUAUGAUUAAAUUUGGUCUCACAUUUCCUACAAAUUCAUCAACGUCAUCUGAAAGCGAACAUCAACAACAAUUUUUUGGAAAAAUGUCAUUUUCAGGCGCAUUUGCUACGAAAUGA